UUUUACAACACAUUUUGAUUUAUUUUUUUAAACGUACAUUUUAAAUGGCCGAUAUUUAGGUACACAACAGUAGCGGCAACCCACUGUCUGGCCCUCAUUUUUAUUCACGUAAAAUUAAAUGGGCCUUUCUAUCCUGAAAAAGGUCAAUGGGAACAAAUUCUUACUGUUUUCACACCCAGUCCACUAGGUGGCGGAAAAGCUCUUUUCUAUUAAUGAUUCAACGCCGUACCCCAUAAGAAGAAGAUUCCACUGUUUGUUGUCAAAUGACUGUCAAAGCAAAGCUAUUUAAUCCUAAAUCCUUAUUCAUAUAAUUUUCUGACUGUGAUCAACAUGGCCGAGGAAGAGUUCACCGACAUAAAUGGCAACUCGAUUUCUUUAGACUGCCAAACUCGCUCUGCUUUCUGCAGAGAGUUUACUGUCACCUCACCGAAACUGUCCUUGCGCAAGGUGAUGGUCUACACCUGCUUCGUUUGGUUAUUUGCUUAUGCUGUAUUUUUCUUCACCGAGAACACGACUGUCCUGUCGAGUGCCAUCAUGCUCACUCUGGCGGGGAUGAUGAUUCAUAUUCACUUUGUGAAGGUGGACCAUGAGACCCUUCUCAUAAUCGGUUCCCUUGGUGUCCAGCUGUCUUCAUCUUGCGCAUCUGGACGAGAAAGUACGAUCUUCAUUGAGAUGAACAAGCUAAAAGACAUUGUGAUCAACGAGGCUGUUUAUAUGCACGGCAUUAUAUACUAUUUGUGCAUUCUGAUAAAGGACCCAGCAGAUCCUGAGACAGUGACCAGUGUUGUCCCUCUUUUCCAGAGUUCAAAGCCUCGGCUGAAUUGUUUGGUUCAAGUGUACAGGAGCUGUCAAGAGAUUCUUGCACAGUCCAGAUGACAGUGAGAGUCUUUCUUUGAAACGGGAUAAAGAUAGGAAAUCCCAAGAAUGAACCAUAAGUGUAUUGUUAGUAGUUUUUGUAUCAUCACCAACAUUAUAUUUGUUGCAUGUAGUGGUUUGUUAGAUGCAUGUUGCAUUCAUCCACAAACUUACUGGGUCCUUUAAACUUUUAUUUAAAAAA